AUGAAAUCUCAAGGAAAUGAACCCACUUCAUUUACCUCCCCUGAAACUCAAGAAAAUGUUGUAGAAAAUGGUGGUGGUACAAGUACUAGUAAUGUACCACUGGAGGAGGAAGAAUUGCUAUAUGAUGUUGAACUACUUCCCCAUGAUCCGGGAAAAAGAAUGAAUAUAAUGAAUUAUCCCCCAAAUCAAAGAAAUGCGGUGAAGUUGAAAAUAAUAUGGGAGGUGAUGCAUUUGUUGAUGGAGGGUUUAGGAAAUGGAAUAAACCGGAAUGAUUUGAGAAGCAUGUUGGUGGAAUUAAGAGUGCUCAUAAUCUUGCGUAUGAGAAGUUUGGCAUUUCGUGGCCAUGAUGAAAGUGAUGAGUCUCAUAAUAGGGGUAAUUUCAUUGAGCUAUUGAAAUGGUUAGGAGAAGAGGUUAAGGAAGUAGGUGAUCAUACUCUUGAAAAUGCACCCGGAAAUUGUCAAAUGACUUCUCCCCCGAUCCAAAAAGACAUUAUUAAUUGUUGUGCAAAAGAAACGACUAAGUGCAUAAUUGAAGAGCUUGGUGAUGAUUACUUUUCUAUAUUGGCCGAUGAGUCAAGUGACGUGUCCCAAAAAGAGAAACUAGCUCUUGUUUUGCGCUUUGUUGAUAGAAAUAGUGGAAAGGUAAUGGAGAGAUUUUUAGGCAUUGUUCAUGUUGGUGAUACUACCGCUUUAUCUCUUAAAGAUGCAAUUAUGUCACUACUUGUGGAAUAUUCAUUGAGCCCAUCUAUGAUUAGAGGGAAAGGGUAUGAUGGGGCUAGUAAUAUGAAGGGUGAAAUAAAUGGCCUUAAGACUUUGAUUAUGAAUGAUACUCCAAGAGCCUACUAUAUACAUUGUUUUGCUCAUCAACUUCAACUAUCACUAGUUGUCGUUACUAAAAGAAAUGAUAGUUGUGGUUGGCUUUUUGAAAUACUUGCAAACUUGUUGAAUGUUGUUGGAGUUUCUUGCAAAAGAAGAGAAAUGAUUCGUAAUAGUCAAGCUCAAGAAGUUGCUCAAGCAUUGGAAGUGGGGGAAAUUUUGAGUGGAUCGGGUUUGAAUCAAGAGCUGGGUUUGAAGAGGCCCAAAGAUACUUGUUGGGGAUCCCAUUACAAGUGUCUUGUAAAUGUCAUCCGCUUGUUUUCUAUAAUUGUUAAGGUACUUGUUCACAUUGGGAAACAUGGUGCAUCGGAAGAUAAGUUUAAAGCUCAAAUUGUUUUAGGACAAUUAGAGUCAUUUGAUUUUAUUUUUGUUGCUUACUUGAUGUUGACUAUUUUUAGUUACACUAAUGAUUUGUGUAUUGCUUUGCAAAGAAAGGAGCAAGAUAUUGUAAAUGCCAUGUGUAGGAAAUAA